AUGCAAAAUCAGACCACAGUAACUGAAUUUAUACUGACUGCUUUCCCUGCUCUCCAGAAGCUUCAGAUUUCCCUCUUUGUGGUUCUCUUGUUUAUUUACAUGCUUACUCUGACAGGAAAUAUUGUCAUCAUUUCUCUAAUAUGGAUUGAUACUCGCUUCCAAACCCCAAUGUACUUCUUUCUCAGCAAUUUGUCAGUUUUGGAUAUUCUAUAUACUACUUCAAUUACUCCAAAGCUGUUAUCCUGUCUCAUAGAAGAAAAGAAGACUAUAUCCUUUGCUGGGUGCAUCACUCAAACAUAUUUCUACUUCUUCCUGGGGACAGUAGAGUUCAUCCUUUUGGUUGUUAUGUCCUUUGACUGCUAUGUGGCCAUCUGUAACCCCCUGCGAUACGCCAUCAUCAUGAACAGUAGAGUCUGCCUUCUGAUGGUUCUAAGCUGCUGGGUGGGAGCCUUCCUGUCAGUGCUGUGUCCCACUAUCGUGGUGUCCAGGUUACCUUUCUGUUAUAAAGAAAUUAGACAUUUCUUCUGUGACAUUGCCCCUCUGUUACAGGUGGCCUGUAUUGAUACUCAUUUCAUUGAGAAGAUAAACUUCCUCUUAUCUUCCCUCAUCAUCCUGACCUCGCUAAUGCUCACCACUGUGUCUUACACCUACAUCAUCACCACCAUCUUACGCAUCCCCUCAGCCCAAGGACGUCAGAAGGCCUUUUCCACCUGUGCUUCUCACAUCACCAUCCUCUCCAUUGCUUAUGGGAGUAAUAUCUUCAUGUAUGUGAGGCCCAGCCAGAGCCAUUCGCUGGAUUUUGACAAAGUUACUGCCGUUCUCGUCACAAUGGUUACACCUCUGCUGAAUCCUUUUAUUUAUAGUUUGAGGAAUGAAAAGGUAAAGGAAGCUUUGAGAGAAGCAAUCAAUAGAUUUGGGUUCUUGUUCCACAAGAGAACUUGA